AUGAACGCCCUCCACGACGCGGCGCAGGGCACCGUCAACAACUGGACCCCCCUCAUAUUCGCGGCCAGCAUGGGUCACUCGAGCGUGCUCGGGAUCCGUUUGAGCAAGGGGGCCAACGUGUCCAUCGUGACCGACACCGGCGUCACCGUCCUGCACGUGGCGGUCGAGGGCGGGCACGCCGCGGCGACGAGGGUGCUGGCGGAGGCGGGCGCGGACCUGGACAGGCCUGACCCGCAGGGCUUCUCGCCGCUGCACGUGGUGGCCGACUUCGGGUUCACCGACCUGAUGAGAGCGCUGAUUGACGCGGGCGCGAACGUCGACAUCCACACGCCGAUCGACGGGGAGACGCCGCUGUUCAGGGCGAUGACGGAAGGGCAGCUGGAAGCGACGAGGGAGCUCCUGCGCGCGAACGCAGACCCGCUGAUAACCAGGGCGCCGCUGCCGACGCUGCUCCCGCUGGACUCGGCCGCUCGCAACGGCACUCCCCUUCUUCCCCUCGCUGCCUCGGCUAGGUUUUGCUUAGGCAUGGCCCAUAGCGAGGGGGUGGGGGGGGGUGUACUCAUAGUCGUGCAUGCCGUAGUCGUUAGACCAUUGACCUCGCAUCCCUACGAAGCCGGGACGGAGCACGCCGGGUUCUCCGCGGACCAGGCUCUCACNUCACCAAGCGCGAAGCGCCGUGAGAUAUUCGGCGAGUCGCAUGAAGGGUGCGCUGCAUCCUGCUAA